AUGGCGGAUAAGCAUCAUCUACCUGAAGAAAUCAUCAUUGACAUUUUUGUUCGGUUGCCUACAAAGCCCUUGUUGCGCUUCAGAUGCUUAUCAAAGCGUUGGAACCGUUUGAUUUCAUAUCACUUUACAAAGUCUAGAUCACGUCGUCGAAUGAUCCUCCUGCCUUCCGAUCCUCUUCAAGCCAUAGACAACACGAUACAAGGUGGCCUCACCCCAGUUCAUCAGAUGACAUCCAAGUUUCCCUCUUCUUCCAAGAACAUAGGAAGUAAACAUGUCACCAUUGUUGGAACAUUCAAUGGGAUAGUCCUUCUUGCCCUUAAAGAUAUGAUCUUAUACAAUCCAUUAACCGGAGCGUUCAAGAUUGUUCCCAGUUCACCUUUGAAAGCAUCUCACAGAUAUCCAGAUGCAUAUGGAUUUUGUUAUGGCACAGCCCCGGACGAUUUAAAGAUUGUUAGAAUAAGACUUGUUAAAAACGUCUACAUAGCUUUUGGUCAACCUCGCAUAUGGUGUGAUGUCUUCAGCCUUAAAAAUGGUACAUGGAGCACACGUUAUACAUCGUUGGUCGGGCUGAGGUGGUUUAUAAAACAGUAUGCUGGUACAUUUGUAAAUGGAGUUUUGUAUUGGCUUGCAGUCAGAGAAAACAUGUCUUUGAUACUUGCUCUAGAUGUUAAGAAGAUGGUGUUUUCCGAGAUACAAUUACCAUAUAUACAUUGUUACGUCGAUUGUUUGGGUACAUCAGGUGGACAUCUUUACGUUUUCCGUGAAUAUUAUGAUAGAUUUGAGUUAUGGAUGAUGAAGGAACAUGGUAUAGAAAAAGAAAAAUCAUGGUCGAAAGUAUUGACGUCAAAUGGUCUGGCGACGGUCCGCCCAUUGGCUAUUUUAGACGAGGGGAAAAUUGUUAUGUUAAAGGAUAAGAAGCAAGUUAUAAUCUAUGACAUGUGGAAUGAUUCCUAUGAGGUAUACAAGUUGAACACGAGUAUUAUCAGCUCAGGGAAGUUACUAGCCAUGGAAUAUGUGCCGAGUUUGAUCUCACCAUCUCGUCUAUGUUCAAGUUUGAGAUGA